AUGACAGAACGAAUUCAUUUUUACGGGUUUCAAGUACCAGAUCUAAAGAAGUAUCUGCAAGACAGGGGUAUAAGUUGCAGUAUAGGCAAGAAAAUAGAUCUUGUGCGCUUGUGUGAGCUUGCAGAGGAACUUCGUCUGGAGGUUUUGACAUCUGCAAAUGACGAAGAAGAGUACUCUGUGUUUGAUGCAAGGCGUAGGACGGUGGCAGUGGGGAACAACAAAAUUAUUUUAGACCCUGUAAAUGCCGUGACCGAGUGGAGUAAGGAUUUGGUCAGUGGACCACACUUUGAAUCGUGUGAUGUGCUGGUAUACUUAAUGAGAUGGUGUGGGUGGACUCACGAACGACUAGGACUUUAUAAGCAGGAUAAUGGGUGACAUACCUACCAAUGCUUAUAAGUAUUAUGUUGUUUCUAGGAGCUAAAUGUCUGAGACUGAGCAGUUGGAUUUCUUGGUUUCUUAAUGAAAAAUUCACUACAGUCAAUAAUAUAAUUUACAUUUGGAAACUUAGCUCUGAAAAAUGAAGGCAUGAAUUUUAUCAUUACAUUUCUGGAAGGCCAUUUCAAUAAUGGUUUGAAUAUUGUAAACAUGAAAUUGAUCCAGGUGGCGAAGACUUGAGAAACUCUGAAGGUGUUUACGCCAAAUAAAUCUGCCAUGACAAAUGUAGUCAAAGCUAGUCGCAAUCUGACUAGAGUUAAAACAAACUCCUGAAACCUGCUGAGCUUCCUUUUUGGGCCUGACUUUGUAUUUAGACUGUCUUUCUGAUAUUUUUUCUUUACAGCACUCCCUUGUCCUGACCAAUACUUCAAUGUUGGUGAAGCCUUUUCGAAGUUAUCUUAAUAGAGAGGAAAAUUAUUUAUAAGAAAAUGUUACCUUAUUAUAGAACAUUAGAUUAUGAUUAAGUUUUGUGAUAUAUUAAAUAAUAAACUA